AUGGCACCCAAGAAGGCGACCUCUAAUUCUUCAGCAAAGCCCAGUGGCUCAGGAAAGCCCAGUGGCUCAGGAAAGCCCCAGAUAAUGGCGGAUGCACUUCUAAGAUAUAAGAUAUGGAAGACAAAGACGAGCGCAGGCGAAGAAGUCACCAAAUACUAUGACAGUCUCGAGGACUCUUACAAAAAGCGUCAUGUGGGCAUCUGGAUUCAGUUCAAGGGUGGAUACUACAGUCUAUUCCAUCUCGAGAUAACUGCAACUUCCCGAAAAUGCGACGAGGUGGUAGCUUCUGAUCCUAAUUUGAGUAAAAGACUUAUCGCACUAAUUGAAGUCGCGGAUGCGAAUCAGCCAGAGGAUGAUAUCACCACCAAAAAUAAGAUCAGAGCUCAGUUUGAUCAAGUUCCAACGAACAAUCCUGCCGAGAAUUGCCAAAACUAG